AAAAUGUUGCAUAGGCAGCUCACUGGAAUUUGUAACAGUUUGUUUGUUUGUUUGUUUAUUCGUUCAUUCGUUCUCGAUUAACUCUAAAUUCACUAUUUAAUCAAAAAUAUAAAGAAGUCUGUAAGCUGGGCUGUCACUGUGAUCCAGUGGUGUAUAUGAGCGUAGUACUCUCCCAUUUCCCAUUCGACGUCAUGUAGGAAACGCAGCAGGAAGGGAGGAGAAAUGAACCCGGGCUUUUUCUUAACACUCGUUCCCUUUCAUAAACAUAAUUUAAGCAUAACAGCAACUAACUACACAUAAAAUUACAACGUUUAAAUACUUUUUAUUAUGGUUAAACGUCUUUUAAAUGAGUGCCGAAAGAUCCGGAUUGUCCUGCUGUGAUGUGUAAAUGAAAGAAAAGAGAAACGCGUGGAGUACUGGAGCCCACGGACAAGAAGAAAAAGAUUCACUAGUGUCUUAGUCAAUGGAGCGCUUCUGGAGGACGUGCACUCACUUAUCUGUUAGAAAGACUGCUCUGAAGAUGAGUCAGUGAGUUACUGUUCCUCUUGCUGUUCUAGAAAACAAGACAAACAGUGGUUCCGUCUGACAUAACCUGAAAAUCAGAAUCACAAUGUCAUCUGAGGAAGAGGAGGCCUCAGACAGUAACAGUGGUCAAUCAAAAAGCAGGCUGAAGAGCAAGAAGCCACCCAGUCUGAUGAUUGCAAUUCCCAAACCUGAGUUUGACAAAAAGUCCCUGCGGCCAUCUUUUAAGAAGAGUGUGAGUCUACAGCAGUCAAGUGAAGGAUUAUCGGACAGCAGUCCAUCUACAAGGGACAGAAUAGGGACGCUCAGGAGGCAAACGUCACUCUCUCAGAGCAUACGCAGGGGUACUGCUCAGUGGUUUGGAGUGGGCAGUGUUGGCGAAUCCAAGCAGCAGGAAUGGCACAGAAAGAGCCUCCGGCACUGCAGUCAGAGAUAUGGCAAACUGAAGCCCCAGUAUUGUGAGCAGAAUGAGGCAGCCAGUCUGGACUAUGGCCCGGAGUCACCUGUGGCCCCCAGAAUGCCAAAGAUUGUGGAUCCUUUGGCUCGUGGGAGGCAGUUCCGUUAUGAAGAUUCUGAGCGGCCGAGGACACCCCAUAUAGCAUAUCCUCCUUUGACCCCAGGUGUGACCUCUCUCUGUUCGUUCACCAGCCAGCGCUCUGGUUACACACAUUUGCCGAGGAGAAAAAGAGAAUCUGUGGCUCGUAUGAGCCUCCGUGCCGCGUCCAACCUUCUUAAGGGUCGACAGGGUCUACAAAGUACUCAAACUGCACGUGGAUUUCAGAGGAGGAGUUUUGCUCGGCACAGCUGGCUCGAGGAAGACACUGUAGACACAGCAGACACCUCUGAUUCAGUGUUUUUUAGCAAAGUAGAUGUUCAUGAGGAGCUUUAUUCUAUGGCAGAUGAUGUUUUUGAGUCACCCCCUAUAUCAGCUUCUUGUCCUGUGGCAAAUGUUUCUUUGGGCGAGGGAAUAUUCCCAAGCUUAGGAAAAAAGGAUGUCCCCAAAACUGUGACGACCUCUGGGAAAACCUCUUCUCAUCGUGGCGGUCGAAUUGCCUCCAAAGUGAAGCACUUUGCUUUUGAUAAGCAGAGGCGUCAGUAUGGGAUGGGUGUAGUGGGGAAGUGGCUGAACCGACACUAUAGACGCAGCCUCAGCAGCCAAGUACAGAAACAACUGGAAGAUUUGCACAGUCAUCGGCCAUAUUUUACCUACUGGAUCACCUUUGUGCAUAUUGUCAUAACACUGCUGGCCUGCAUUACAUAUGGAUUUGCUCCUGUGGGCUUUGCCCAGCAUUCUACUACUCAGCUGGUACUGAGAAACAAAGGAAUUUACGAGAGUGUAAAGCAUGUGCAGCAGGAGAACUUCUGGAUUGGUCCUUGCUCUGAGGAUCUAAUUCACUUGGGAGCAAAGUUCUCCCCAUGCAUCAGACGAGAUAGUCAAAUAGAGAAACUAGCACAGCAGGCCAAAGAUCUAGAGAGAGAGUCCGGCUGCUGUGUACAGAACGAUGGUUCUGGAUGUGUGCAGACCCAGAGUGACGACUGCUCGGAGACUUUAGCAACAUUUAUAAAAUGGAACAAAGAGAACGUAGACAUGGUUAGAUCUUCAGGUGCAGUCUGCCAUCAGGACCCAAGGACUUGUGAGGAGCCAGCCUCAUCAGGACCCCAUGUUUGGCCUGAUGACAUUACAGAGUGGCCGAUUUGUACAUACCCUAAAACAUGGAACCACUCAGGAUACAAACACAUGGACUGCACACUGAAGGGCAGGCCAUGCUGUAUUGGAACUAAAGGAAGAUGUGAAAUUACCACUUGGGAGUACUGCCAAUUCAUGCGUGGAUAUUUCCAUGAGGAGGCCACACUCUGUUCACAGGUCCACUGCCUGGAUGAUGUGUGUGGGUUGCUGCCAUUCCUGAACCCCAGUGUCCCAGAUCAGUUCUAUAGACUGUGGCUCUCCCUUUUUCUUCAUGCUGGUUUACUGCAUUGCCUGGUGUCAGUGAUCUUCCAAAUGACUAUACUUAGAGACCUGGAGAAAUUAGCAGGCUGGUUACGCAUUUCCAUCAUCUACAUUCUCAGUGGUAUUACAGGAAACCUUGCCAGCGCCCUCUUCCUACCGUACAGAGCAGAGGUAGGUCCAGCAGGAUCUCAGUUUGGUUUGUUAGCCUGUCUUUUUGUGGAGCUGUUCCAGGCCUGGCAGAUGUUGGAAAAGCCAUGGAAGGCUUUCCUGAAGCUAUUAUGUAUUGUUCUCUUCCUUUUCUCCUGUGGCCUUCUGCCCUGGAUUGACAACAUUGCUCACAUCUUUGGCUUCCUCAGUGGUCUUCUCUUGUCCUUUACUUUCCUUCCGUAUGUGACUUUUGGCACCUUAGACAAGUACCGCAAACGUGCUCUUAUUUUGUUGUCGCUGCUUGUCUAUGUGGGGUUGGUGUCCUCACUUAUUGUCUGGUUCUACAUAUACCCCAUAAACUGGCAUUGGCUAGAGCAUCUGACCUGCUUGCCCUUUACUAGCAAGUUUUGUGAACGCUAUGACAUUGAUCAUGUGGUACACUAGCUUUGUUCUUUGUAGGCUAAAACUUUCUCCAUGGACUGCGAGGGAAAGGAAGCUGAAUCCCCAUUUAAAAAAUAAAAAAAAAAAGAAUAAGAAAAAAGAGGAAGACAACAAAUAAUUCCAUAUUAAGUUUGUAACCCUAAAAUGCAAAAUGGCCAAUGUUUCCCUAAGCAGUUCAGAACAUCUCUAACUCACUAACUCUGAUAAUGUGCAGGUAAACUGAUGUGUUGUUACUGAAGCCUGUUCUGUACUCUUGCUGUCCAUUUAGCUUAAAAUAUCUGACAGUAAAUGUCCUUCCAAAAUGAUUGUGUUCAGUAAGCUUUAUACUCUUUUCAUCUGUCCUUAAACUUUUUUUUAAAAAAUGCAGCUGUUAACUUCACACUAACAAUCACUGAAAUAUAAAAUACCAUUCACAUAAUGGUUAAUUUCCUAUUAUUUUGGCUGUUUGUAUUUGCCCAAAGAACUGCAGAGCAAUUAAAUAAACUCCAAAGAGUCAUUUCACUUAACUGCUAUGAAUAAUAAGGUUUAAUACCUCUAUAGACAACUUAAAACCUCUGUCAUUUAUCAACAUAGUAGGAGUUUGAAUGUUCAACAUAGUAGGAGUUUGAGGGAAAGGAAGCUGAAUCCCCAUUUAAAAAAUAAAAAAAAAAGAAUAAGAAAAAAGAGGAAGACAACAAAUAAUUCCAUAUUAAGUUUGUAACCCUAAAAUGCAAAAUGGCCAAUGUUUCCCUAAGCAGUUCAGAACAUCUCUAACUCACUAACUCUGAUAAUGUGCAGGUAAACUGAUGUGUUGUUACUGAAGCCUGUUCUGUACUCUUGCUGUCCAUUUAGCUUAAAAUAUCUGACAGUAAAUGUCCUUCCAAAAUGAUUGUGUUCAGUAAGCUUUAUACUCUUUUCAUCUGUCCUUAAACUUUUUUUUAAAAAAUGCAGCUGUUAACUUCACACUAACAAUCACUGAAAUAUAAAAUACCAUUCACAUAAUGGUUAAUUUCCUAUUAUUUUGGCUGUUUGUAUUUGCCCAAAGAACUGCAGAGCAAUUAAAUAAACUCCAAAGAGUCAUUUCACUUAACUGCUAUGAAUAAUAAGGUUUAAUACCUCUAUAGACAACUUAAAACCUCUGUCAUUUAUCAACAUAGUAGGAGUUUGAAUGUUUUGAACUAUAGCUUCCUGUACUUCUGUUCCUGGAUUGCAAGAACAUGUCUUUCAAUCCUGUUUUUGAAUUGAACAAGUGGAACUGUUGAUGACAGCCAGCUAUAAUGUCAUGUAUGGCUUCCUUUGGAACAGAAUGUAUUGGUUUUUGUUUGUUUGUUUGUUUGUUUGUUUGUUUGUUUUUUUUGUCUCCUUUCAUUGUUUACUGAGUGCUGCACUUGUGCCUUAAAAGAGAACAGGAGUGACAAUCAUACAAUCUGGAAUAUUUUUAUGUUAAAGGUAUUUGAACAUAUGAUUAGAGAUGGACCAAAUAACUAGUGCUUCAAAUAAUAAUACAAAUAAGUUUGGGAAUGAUAUUUUCUGUGAAACAAAUAUGUUUAUUUUUUGUCCUUCAUAAUUUGUUUGCAAAAAAAAAAUAAAAAAUCCUUAAAUGUGA